UAGCUCCGUUGAGUUAGUAGUCGCAAGAUCACGGUUAGCACAGGAUGGCUGGAAACGCAUGGAGGUCAACGCUCCUAAAACUUCUCGAGAGAUGCGGCGUGCGGAUAAGUGACGCAAACGGGAUUCCGGAAGUUUCCCGUGUAAUAGGAGCCAUAAAGACCCAGGCCCCACAGCCCAGAACCUUCUCUAGAGGGAUUCAAACUGUAACGUUAAUUCCCGGAGAUGGAAUCGGUCCAGAGAUCUCCACUGCAGUAAUGAAGAUAUUUGAAGCAGCAAAGGCCCCUAUUCAGUGGGAAGAGAGAAACGUCACCGCCAUCCAAGGUCCUGGAGGCAAAUGGAUGAUCCCUUCUGAGGCUAAAGAGUCGAUGGACAAAAACAAAAUUGGAUUAAAAGGCCCCCUGAAAACGCCAAUUGCUGCCGGACACCCGUCCAUGAACCUGCUGCUAAGGAAGACCUUCGACCUGUAUGCCAAUGUGCGUCCUUGUGUGUCCAUCGAGGGCUAUAAGACGCCUUACACCGAUGUGGAUCUGGUCACCAUCAGAGAAAACACAGAAGGAGAGUACAGUGGGAUUGAACACGUGAUUGUGGAUGGAGUUGUGCAGAGUAUUAAACUGAUCACAGAGGAUGCCAGCAGACGCAUCGCUGAGUAUGCAUUUGAGUACGCCAGAAAUAACCAAAGAGCCAGCGUCACGGCUGUUCACAAAGCUAACAUCAUGCGAAUGUCUGACGGUCUGUUUCUGCGGAAGUGCAGAGAGGUUGCUGAGAAUUUCAAGGAUGUGAAAUUCACAGAGAUGUAUCUGGAUACAGUUUGUCUCAAUAUGGUGCAAGAUCCCUCUCAGUUUGAUGUGCUGGUUAUGCCUAAUCUAUAUGGUGACAUCUUGAGCGAUCUGUGUGCUGGAUUGAUUGGAGGCCUCGGAGUCACUCCCAGCGGGAACAUCGGAGCCAAUGGUGUUGCCAUAUUUGAAUCGGUGCACGGAACUGCCCCUGAUAUCGCAGGCAAAGAUCUGGCAAACCCUACCGCCCUUUUGCUGAGUGCCGUCAUGAUGCUGCGUCACAUGGGACUGCACGGUUAUGCUAAAAAGAUUGAGACCUCCUGCUACGACACCAUACGGGACAAAAAGCUUCUGACUAAAGACCUUGGCGGAAACUCCAAGUGCUCAGAGUUCACCGAUGACAUCUGCCGAAGAGUUAAGGACAUGGAUUGAGGCUUUUCUAAAUGCCUAUGUAUGGAUCUCAUCCCUUAAGAACUGAGAGUUAAAAAAACAUGAAUUUAAUCUUCGUAUCAUUCUGAUAUCUGCGCACAAUUCUACUAAGUGUCUGCAUUUUUGUUUCUCCAGAACCGCAAAGCACUGUCUUAAAUUCUUGUUCUACGGUGACUGUAUUUGUGAGCUGUUUUAAUCUGUCAAAAAGGAACUACAUAAUCUAAGAUAAACCGUAUUUAUUGACUGGACAUUUUCUUUGGUUAAAUAUUGACAACUUGCCUUUCUGUCACAUGACAGGAAUACUCUUGUCCAAGUAUUAGAGGCUGAAAUACAUACUGUGCGUUCUUUUCUCUUUAAUGAAUCCGUUUUUAGGUUGUACUUUUAUAUCAGCUAUGAACUUUGUGUUAUGGUUAACAAUUAAUAUAGUUCAAACAGCUGUUAACCUUUGCUGUGUCAAUUGUGAAAUGAGUGUACCAUCAAGACAGAAUAUAACGUCUAUUUUUUAUGGGCAAA